CUAUAACGUGUGAGUGUAUUGAGCACACGCAAUUACGGCACACGCGGACGUCGCUGCUGAAAUCUCCAUGGAGAUCUUGAAAACUAUGGCGGAGAACGAGGAAGAAACAAAUUUACCCCAGUUUGGGGCCCCAACCCCAAGUGUAACAAUAGACAUGUUAGAGACCCGUCCAAACACCCAUAUUCUGCUGGAUUCAGUGACACCAGCAGCUGGAGAGGGGGUGCACAGAGGAGGUAGUAGGCUAGACCCUGCAGGCGGUGCUGUGAGCAGGGCAUUGAGUGUCGUUAGUGGAAGCAAUGCACAGGAAAGUCACAUCUCGGAUAUGAUCAAACGUAUGGAGGAAGAUCCCUUUGAUGAAGACCAGACUGAGCUUCGUUUCCUCCACUCUAAGCCCACAUGUUUCAUCAUCCUGGGUAAACCUGGUGUUGGUAAGACCACCUUAGCCAAGAGGUUAGCCCAGGCAUGGAGAUGUCAGAUGGUGAAUGUAACGGAGUUGAUGCUCCAGCAUAUUAACCUCCAGACGGAGAUGGGUGUAAGACUCCAGGAGAUCCUUCAUAAAGGUGGAGCAGUCCCAGAGGAGCUUGCCGUCAAGCUGAUAGAGGAUAAGAUUAACUCGCCAGAGGUGGCACAUCAUGGUUAUGUUUUGGAUGAUUUCCCCUGUGUAAAUGAAGAGUACAUGAAUGCUUCAGAUCAAUUAGAAUUUAUCAAGAAUUGGAAACUUAAACCAGAUUUCAUCAUCAACUUGAGGAUACCUGAUGAAGACCUUGAGAUGAGGCGGAUUGGACAACGAGUAGAUUCACUAAACAACACACUGUAUGCACAGGAUGUAUGGAACCCUGAGAAACCAGAACCACAGCAGAAGAAAGGAGGAGGAGAAGAUGAAGAGGAGGAAGAUGAAGAAGAGGAGGAGGAAGAAGAACCAGAAAUGAAUCUAGACCCUGAAAUGGGAGAGGAAGAGAAGAUUGAAUUGACGAUGGAGAUUAUUGAGAGAUUGGUUCAGAGACCUGAAGAUCUUAAGCCCCAUGCCGCUGAGAGUAUCGAUGCUUACAAAGAUAAACUACUCAAGAUGUUUGAGGAUUAUAUGGCAGAUCAUGAUCAGCAAUACCUGAUUGAGAUGGACGGGAACAAAACGGCUCCUUUCCUCUUCAGAGAACUCAUGAACAAACUCAAUACCUACAUCCUCCGUCGGGCUGCCGUACCAAUCCGCCUCCAGAACGCUGAGGAAGAAGACAUCCCUGACGAUAUUGAGACAGAAGAACUUAUGAGGACAUUGGGCGGGACCAAUUUGGUUGCCCCAAGAUACAGGUGGAGGAGGAGCAAGUGGGCGAGGGCGUGUCCUGUUGAGCUCCAGAAAGGGAAUGUUGUCCAGGGAAAGCCGGAAUUCGCAGUUGGAUUCUUGGAUAAGAUCUAUGUAAUGUCAGGCCCUGAUGCUAUGGAGACCUUCUUGAAGAACCCUCGUCCAUACCUAGUUAGUCCUCAGCCUAGACCUCCAUGUAAGCUGUGCGUAGUAGGACCACCUCUUUCAGGGAAGACAUCGCUGUGUCAUCUGCUCUCUCACAAGUUCAAUGCAAGGGUACUAGAUGUGAAUGAACUAAUCAAAUCACGGAUGGAGUCUCACAAAGGCAAGCAGAUUGAACUAGCUAAACAAGAAGCCAUAGAGUCAGCUGUAGCAACAAUCAAAGCCAAACUCAGAGAAAAGGAAGAAACUGGAUCGGAAGGGGAUGGUCCUGAUGAUCACGAUGAUGCCCCUGAAGAAGAAGAGAAAGAAGCGAAGACGUCAGAUACAGAGGAGUCCAGAGCGGAAGGGGAGGGGGAGGAGGAGGGGGCAGGGGAAGGAGUAGGAGAAGAAGAAGAUGGAGAGAAAUCAAGAAUAAAGGCGGCUGAAGAAACUGAAGGAGAAGCUGAGGCUUCAGAGGAGAAAGAAGAAGAAGGCGAGACCACUGCCCAGGAUUCUGUUACAGGAGUGACUGAAGGAGACGGUACAGAGACCAUUGCUGCGUCACAGCAUCCCACCGAAGACCUGUCUACCAUUACCGGGGUUGCUCCUACUGUAUCACAGAUAUCUGAAGAUGUGGAUGAAAACCACCCAGAGGUGAUCCAAAUGGUAGAAGCUGCAGUGAAGGAAGCUGAGAAGCUCUCCUAUCCCAUAGGUGCUGAUCAGUAUGCAGACUGUGUAGAGGAAGCUGUAGUUGAGAUACAUAGAGAACUCAGAAAGAAAGAUCCUAAUGGACCUGGUGCUGGUGGAUGGAUCAUUGAUAACUUCCCUCAAUCCCGGGACCACUGGACAGUCUUGCUUGACCGUGGUCUGGCCCCUGAUGAGGUCAUCUGCCUCAAGGACAGCAGUGAGAACGGUCUUUACCUGAUGAAGCGAUGGUACAGACUCAACAGAGAUGAGGUGGACACCAAGGCGAGAGAGAGGAAAGAAGCAGAAGAGAGAGAGAAACAAAGGGUCUUAGACGAUGCAAGUAAUACAUCUAGGGACACUACUGGUAGUACUGGACUCAACAGGAUACAAGAGGAACUUGAGAAGGAAGAAGCGGCUAAAGCAGCAGCAGCGGCAGUAGAAGAGGGUGGUGAUGAAGAUGUAGCAGCAAAAACGCAGGAAGAGAAACCUGAAGGAGAAAAAGAAGAAGGAGACCAAGAAGGAGAAGCAGAAGGAGAAAAGGAUGGAGAGAAGGAUGGAGAGGCAGCUGGAGAAGGAGGAGCAGGAGGUGGAGAGGAAGGAGAAGCUUCUCCCACUUCUGGUGGAGGGGUGGAGGGUGAUGCAGCACCGGGCGUGUCUGAUGGUGAACAAAAACCCAAAGAAGGCACUACAACUGAUGCAGACCUUACUACUACUGUAACUUCUUAUGAAGAAAAAGCUAAGACUGAGGAAGAAGAAGAGGAAGAGGAUAAACCUCCUCCUGUUCCUGUCCCUGAAGAAGACCCUCUUCCUCCCGAUGGUCCAGAGACAAGCAAGUUCAAAGAUCAGAGGAAUGAGUUUGAGAGAGAGUGGCCGUCCAUCCAAGCUCUACUCACAGGAACUAUCAACCUUGAUCCGAUCCAGAUAGAGAUUGAGAACAAGAAGACUGAGGAUAUCAUCAAGGAAUCACAUACCAUGGUGGAACUACCGUACACCUACAGACCAUGGGAGUAUAAUAGUAUUGAUAUGGAUGAAGAGGAUGAAGAUGCAGCAGCUGAAGCUGAUGAGGAGGGAGAUGAGAUGGAGGAAGAAGAGGAUGAGGAAGUCACUAAGAAUAAGAAGAAGCAGUUUGGUGAUACCAAGCACUUCUGUCCUGUAGCUCUGAAGGAGAAGUUUGUCCUAUGGCCUAGUAACCCAGAGAUAGCAGCUAAGUACAGGGAGAAGGUCUACUACUGUUCCAACCCAGAGGCUAGGGAUAAGUUCAUCGCUGAACCAACCACGUUUGUGGCUAAAGGAAGGCCGUUUCAGCCUCCUCCAGUUCGGCUGUUAAUGCUUGGCCCCAAGGGUGCAGGCAAGUCCCUCCAUGCAAGAGCUAUGGCAGACAAACUAGGCCUGUUCCACAUCAGCUUCAAAGAUCGGCUCCAGGAACUCAUCAUCAAGAAGACCAAGAAGAAGAUAGGACCAGAGUUUGAAGAGGAGGAGGAGGAGCCAGAAGAGGAAGAGCCAGAAGAGGAAGAGCCAGUAGAAGGACUGAAGGAUGGAAUACCAGUUGUAUCAGAACCAAAUGAUGCUGCUGCUGCAGAACAGACUGAGGAGGACAAUGAAGAAGGGGGAGAGGAGGAGCAGGAGGUGGAGUUGAAUGAGUUUGAAGAGAACAUCAAGGGUAACCUAAUGGGUGAUGAAUCACUCAGCAUAGACUCACUGGAGAAGAUUAUACCAGACUGGUGGAAUUUAGAACCUUACAAAUCAACUGGUUUCAUCUUGGAAGGGUUCCCUCGCACCUCCGAGGAAGCUCAAUUCAUGGCUGAAAAUGGCUUUUUCCCAGACGCUGCUAUCCUGCUCAAUGUAGAAGAUUCAGACAUCACAAGCAGAAUGCUCCCGCCCAAGCUGGAGAAAUGGCGUAAGCGACGUGAUCGCAGGGUGGCACGGAGAGAGAAGCGUAAGGCCAAGAAGAAGAAGGAGCGAGAGGAGGCGAUCAAGAAGCGACGACAAGAACUCAUCUCAGAGGCGGAUGAUAGGAAAGCAAAGAGACAGGCAGAGUUAAGGGCUCAGAGAGCAGCAGAUAGAGACAGCGAUGACUCAGAACCAUCAGAUGAAGAAGGGUUUGAUGAUGAGGAAGAGGAAGAUAUCGAGGCUAUGCUGGCUGAAGAGUUUGAAGAAGAGGAGGAAGAAGAGGAAGAGGAGGAGGAGUUAGAAGAAGACGCCGUUGAGAGACUGAAGAAUGAAAUUGGCGAGGUGUAUGAUGAUGAUACAAGUCGCAUCGCAGGCUUACAGGAAACUCUUGACGAGAUCAUGAUCCCUCGGAUGGAACUGAACGGAGGUCGCAAGCCUCACAUUGUCCGCUUCACCCUUGAGCAGAGUCUGAGACCCGUCCAGGAGUUUAGAGAGAGUCUCUUUGAGAAGGUGUAUCCUAUCAGGGAGAUGGUAGCUAGGAAGAUGCUACAGAUUGGUUAUAAACAUCAGUCAAGGUUUGGAAGAUGGUGUCCUGUAAAGCUACUGGAAGGAGACUGUAUACAACCAAUGCAGGGUCACACCUACCCAACGUUCCCAGCAGUAUACCGUCAGCACAUUUACUUCAUGUCUACCCCUCAAGCUAGAGAGGAGUUUGUCAUGCAUCCAUUGAAGUAUCUGAAGCAACCGUCUCCCAAGCCUGUUGUCCCUGUAAGGAUGGCCAUCAUUGGACCACCAAAGUCUGGAAAAACUUCAUUGGCCAACCGAUUUGCAUCAGAUUACGGUAUGAUGAGACUGUCUAUCGGUGAAGCAGUCAGGUUUAUCUUGACCCAACAACCCAAGACACAGCUAGCUAAACUUAUCAAUGCUCAGAUCAAGAAGGGUAUCCCGCUCCCUGAUGAACUUGCCAUACGAGCCCUAGAGGUCAAUCUCCUUGAUACGAGGUCAUCGACCAGAGGCUACGUCCUUGAUGGUUACCCAGUCUCCAAACACCAGGUUGAUCUAAUGACAGAGCACGGUAUUAUCCCAGUGGUUAUUCUUGAGCUUAGUGUUGAUAGCAGGGAACUCAUGGUCAGAGGAAUGAAAGAUAGACAUUCUUCAGAAAGGUUGUUACCGCUCCAUGACAGCGCCCAGAUCUUAGCUCUGAAGAUUGCUGCCUGGCAGAAAGAGAUUACUUCUGUGAGGGAGUAUUAUAAAGAGACUCAUAAGAACUGGGUCAGUGUGACAGGAGAGAAGUCUAAGUGGUGGGUUUGGAACAGAGCUGCUGACCAUUCUAAGGACAGCGUUCGUAGGAUACAAGACUAUCUGCAGAGGAUAUCAGAGGGCAAGGCAGCAUCUAUCGCUGACAUGUGUAUCACACCAAAGGAGUUCUUCUCCCGUCUUGGUGACUUUGGCCAGUACUGUCCAGUCAGCCUGGCCAAAGAUGGUGAGCUGGUGGACUGCGCCGGACAGAUCAACCUAGACAACGCUGCAGAAUUCCGCGGUCGCUACUACAAGAUGGAGAACCCUGAGAAGGUCAAGGAGUUCCUGGCCAGACCAGAACUCUAUGUGCCACCUCAAGCUCCUAGAGCAUUACCUCCUCCAGAGCUGCUGCCUAAGAGGAGAACAGCCAUUGAUGCUAAGAAGAUGUUCCCUAUGCAGAUUGAGCUGCAGGGAUACUGUCCUGUUACCUACCUGGAUGGAAAGCUGAGGUAUGAAGCAAUCCUUCCAGGCAACCCGGAUCUUAUUGUGGAGUACAGGGAAAAUAUGUACUGCUUUGAUUCUGAAGAAAAACUGCAGAAAUUCAUGAGGUAUCCUGAGCGUUACUACAACCUGAAGUUACCUCACAAGUUACCACCCAGGAAGGACCCUCUCCUUGUGACCUCACUGCCUAUGUUAGGUUAUAUGGAACAAACAAUCUCAACUGCUAUCACCAAGGCUCUUACUGCAACGGGCUGCUUCAAACCAAAGUUCCCCUUCGUCUCACCCUCAAGAUCAGCGUUGCUAUAUCUGGCAUUCCAUCUCAAAGCGUACAACCCCAAGAGCUCCGACUAUGUUCGCAAGAAGUACCGCAAGAAACUGGACCAGUUUGAGGAGCACUGUGAACUCAUCCGUUACCUAGGCAACCAGAUGGGACCACGAUCUCGUAGUCCCAAAGAGCUUCCUAUUGACUUUGAUCACAAGAUGCUUCUCUUUCUCAAUCUAAAAGGACGAGAGCCUACACCAUCAACAUUGGUCGCUAUGUAAAUGUUCUUGUUCUGAAGAGACAUAUCCACCUGUAUUCAGAGAUGCUCAGAUCCAUGUACGUCUGCCAAUAGGAUCGAUUCAAACAAGUUUAAAGCCUUUGAAUGCAGAUGUCCUGAAAAUGGGUCAAUCUCUACAAUUGUUUGAAUUAUAAUUGCCUGUGAGGGGACAUUUACACAGAGUGUCUAAAACUGAGUUGAAAGAUACUGGAAAAAAAAAGAAGAUAUUUUGAAAACAGCCUCUACUCAACACUUAAAUUUGAUACGUUGCAGAAUUUCUUUUCUAGUAUAUAUUUACAUUUUGUUUUGAUAAACUGAAGUUUAGAAAAAGUUUAUGUUCUUUGAGCCGAAGUCAAGCAAGAUUUAAAGCUAUUUAGAAAAAAUGAGAAAUUCUUGAAAAUAGUUUUCUCUGUAUGCUUAUUCAAACUUACAAGCAACAUGACUUCUGCAGUUUGUAAUUACACUUUAACAGAUUGAGAUGAAGUUAAGUGGAACUGAUUUCUAUUGUCUUUGAGAUAUCUGGAUUAAAAAAAAUCAUGUAGCUUAAUACAUUGGCUCUUGUCAAUGUUUCAUUUAUGUUGCUAUUUUAUAUUAUUUGCAUCUACCACCGAAAAGGCAUCUUCCAAUGUUAUAAAGGUGCACACUGCUCAUUCUUACUCUGUAAACAUACAUGCGACCUUGUAACAUCCAUGACAGGAAUAUGGGAAUUACCUAAUAGGUAACAAAUUUCAGGCAAAGGGAUCACAAUGCGCAAGGUAUUGCUUGAAGAGAAUGACUGAAAGGUUUAUUUUGUGUUUGGUGCAAAGACUUUUUCAUAUUCUGCCACUGUGAAACAUGGCUGUCUUGCAAAGGAUAUGCAUCAUAUUCAUUUAGAAAAAAAAUCGUAAUAGAAGGUGCCUUUAUUUCUCUUGGACAAUUCAUCCUAUUAUGUUAUUACAAAUUAAAUAAAAGAUUUAUGAUUCAUAUUUAUUUUGACUAGCUAUCAUUCCGUCCUAAAUUCCACCUUAUACAAAUGUGUGUGUUCAUUGUCCAUUAUAUGCAAAUUGUACCAACUGUUUUCACCACAAAUGCAACUGCAAUAUACUUAUAUUUCAUCUUGUGCUUUUAUUGAAGAUUUCCACUAGAGGUGCCAUCGUUUAUCAACGAAUUGAUGUACUAUGUAUAUGAACUUACAAUUUCUUUUGAUAUUCAAUAAUGAUAUUGAUACUGUGCAGCUUUUAUUUAUUAUACUAGAAAUUUCCAGGAGCUUGUUGCAGAAAGAGCUGUAUGUAAUUGCAACUAAAAGAUCCAAAUACAUGGUUGUGAUAGGGUGUCAGUGAGGUUGUGAUUAAUUGCAACUCUUUCUGAAACAUGCCCCAGAUUCUUGUCUGUGAUUCACACAGAUUGAUAAAAUCAAACAUGUCAAGAAAAUCUAAAAUGGAAAGAGGUGGAGGUUAUCUUUUAUGAAUAAGAUACAAUUCUACUGAAUAAAGCAGCCUAAGCAAGCAUCACUCUAUAAUUGUGUAUUAGGACAUUUUAUGAAUAAGACAUAUAUUUCCUGAAUAUACAUACAUGUACACUCCAAUGUUGCCUACAAAUUGUUUGUUAAGUGAAUAUUUCUUGUCACUUUGAACAGAGUUAUUGAUAUAUUUAUCAUUUUUGUAUUUUAGUUUAUUUGUAUAAUUGUAAAUAACAGACAUUAUGGAAUGUUAUUCUAUAUUAUAGAGUUCAAAAAUUGUAAUUUUGUGUCAAGAAUUUCUUGUAAAGAUAUUUUGUAUUUUGAUGUGUUUUGUAAAUAUUUGAAAUGACUAUGUAAAUUUGAAUUAUCACUUGUAAUAAAUUUCAAGACU